AUGGAUCCCCGGGUCAAUAAGCUUAAUCUUAAGCUUCUUGAUGACGUUGAGAAGCUAGAGAACCUAUCUCGGGAUUUUAAAAGGCAUAUUCAACGAAGAGAGUCUAAAGACCUCUCAAUUCCACAAAUCAGCUGCAAAUCAGCCAAAAAAAAUGGGGAAUCGCUUCUUAGGACUAGGGGCUCGGCUCUAUCGCCUAUAUGCGCAAAUAGGAUGAUGGUAAAAAGGCAGGAUGCUGAGGCUAAGAAGUUGAUUCGUCUACAAGCAAGGCAGGCCAAUGCCUUAGAAGCUCAAUCGCAGGCCCAAUUAGCUAGGGAUUUAGCUGAAGCUGAGCAUGAAGCUUCAAUGGCAGCAAGAGAUAGUAGUGGUGGAAAUUGGUAUAUAGAUAUUACUGGGGGUUACCUGUAA